GCACUGGUGGCAUCAGCUGUUCCGCUGGGUUUCUUGUGAUUUUUUUGCACUUUGAACCUGGCUAAAGUCUUCGGGCCUGGCCAACGAAUACGUAAAACACACACUCCGGGAUUCUGCCGAGUUCAAGUGCGCCUGUCCGCAUCCAGUUCGUCCUCGCUCGCCGUUCGCCGAAUCUCACGGAACUCGCCGCGUCAAUCCAAUCUUUCUCGGGCCGCGGACAAGGAAACAACAGCAACACCGCAGCGCAGCGCAGCGUCAGCUUGUUAGCCGGAGAGAAGCUUUUCGUUCGUUCGUUCGUUAGUUCGUCUUUGCAUUGCGCGCAUAUGUCCGACAAUUUCAUUGAUAAGAAGCCCAGUGUGAAUGCCAUGCCCCAACGUGUCACCUUCGCCGUAGCGCCCCUCUGUUCGCCAGCCGUUUAAAGUGCAAAUGAAUCAAUUAAAAUAGUACAAGAGCGUGCAGUGUGUGUGCUGGAAUUAAUUUAUUUGCGUGGCUUAAAGCGAAUCUAAUUAAUUUUUGCUUUAAUUUUGAGUUCGUUGCGUCCAAAAGUUGCCGCUUGUUGCCCCCCGUUUACGCGACGUGACGCGGUGCCACGCUGUUUAUUAUUAAUUAAAAUCUGAAAACAGUGCAUAGUUUCCGGCUGCAAAAUUGUCCGUUAUUUUGUCGAGCUUCCCGUUUUCCCGUGCGCUUCCUUCCGACCCAGAACAAGCGCGGCCAAUUAACAGCGGAUAAACUUGACUAAGAAAAGCAAGGGGCAAGGGGUAAAGGGCAAAGGGAAGGGAAAACACAGCAGCAAACAAAUAACAAAACAAAAAUGACGCACUGGGAGGACUUUUACAACACACAUCUGCCGCCCGCAGACUUUGAGGACAAUCGCUCGCUGCUGAAAGAGUUCUGCGAGCGCCACAACAAGAUCCAAAAUCGCAUUGUCCUCGUCACGUCUGGUGGAACUACAGUACCUUUGGAGCACAACACUGUUCGCUUUGUGGAUAACUUUAGUGCCGGCACCAGAGGCUCUGCCUCGGCGGAAUACUUUCUGGACCAUGACUAUGCCGUCAUCUUUAUGCAUCGCCACAAAUCGCUGGAGCCCUUUACGCGCCACUUCACGGGGCAGCAGUUCUUCGAUAUGCUGGACAUAGCGGAGAACAGCCAGAGUUCGACGAUAGCCAUCAAGCCGGACUCGGUGGAUGUGUUUGCUCCGGUGCUGGCCAAGUACAAGAUUGCCAGGGAGACCCAAAUGAUUUUGUAUGUGAACUUCACCAGCGUCGUCGACUACAUGUGGCUGUUGAGGGCCGCCUGCGAGUGCCUGGCUGCGUUCGAGGAACGUGCCGUCCUCUACUUGGCGGCAGCCGUAUCCGAUUUCUACAUACCCGAGGACAUGAUGCCCACCCACAAAAUGCAAUCGGGCGAUGGAGCGCCGACGAUUUCGCUGCAGCUGGUGCCAAAAAUGCUUGCCCCACUGGCCAGCCUCUGGGUGCCGCACGCGUUCGUGGUGUCCUUUAAGCUGGAAACGGACGAGAGUCUAUUGAUUGUCAAGGCACGUGACAGCCUCAACAAAUACAAGCAUAAGCUGGUCAUUGCCAAUAUACUGCAGACACGCAAACAUCGCGUGGUCUUUGUCACGCCCACAGAUUCCUACGAGCUGCAUUUGAGCCGCGAGCAAACGCUGCAGGGCCUGGAGAUCGAGGAGCCCAUUGUGGCCGACCUGGUGCUAAAGCACAACGAGUACAUCAACAACGCCCAGCAGCGCCAAUGACCGUUAUCAAUGCGCCGCAGGCAACAACAACAGCAACAGCAGCAGCACCACCACCAGCAGCUCCAGCACCAGGAUGACGAUGGGGAGAAUCCGUAUUGCGUGACCAGCUCGCAUUAUUGUCGCGUGCUCAAUCCGGGCACGCCAAGCUUUGGCCGCAAAUAUUGAGCAGGUUCAUAGUCCAUGGCGAAUACUGAAAUGCCGAAUAACCGAAACGCCGAAUACCCGAACACGGAACAGCGACCACAGAACACCGGAUAGUGUGACUAGACAUUUGCAUAUACAUACAUAAGUGUGUUUCCCCCUUCGAGCUUUGUGUUGCCGUAACAAUAAGUAUUUCUGUUUAUGGUCACGCCUCAUAAUUGAUGGGGCAGCGUCUCCAUUUCGAUGGUGUCGCUCCUUUCUACCCAUUUGCAUAUUAGUUAAUGUAUUUCGUUUAAUGUUGUCCCAAGAAAUGAUGUCACUUGUAUGUAUACUUACACUCUGCUGGCGGCCUUCCAUCUUGCCCAUCCCCAUCCACCCAUCCAUUUCAUGGACUGUCCUUUUAAGUCAUCAAGUAUACGCAGCUGUGGGGGCGCAGACAUCAAUAAACGUUUUUGAUUUAUGUGUGCUCUGGGGCCUGUCCUGCGGCGCUUAUGAUUUUAUAUUUAAUGAGAAGCAUCGAUCGACUUUUGCCUGAAAUGAUUCGGUAGCAGUGUUAAGCCCUGCGCACAAACCAAAGCAGACAUGUUUAAAAUCCGCCAAAAAGCCGCCACAUGCAAUCGCAAUUUGUUGGCCGUCCCCUGCGGCUCGUCCCCGCCCCAGCACUGGUCUCCUGUCAGUGGCAGGCGACGCGACAAUUGAUUUGCCUGUUUUGCAUAGCUGAAACAGCAAAAAAAAAAACAAAAAGCGUUGUCUAAUGUCCUUGUCGUUUCAAAUUUAUGGUGGGCUCGAACCUUGGCGCCGCUCUAUGCAAAGCGGGUCAAGUCGAGAGGCCCCCCAUAGCCAAAGGUCAGCUUAACGCAGCCAAAUUAAGUUUCCCCGCACCCACACCCUCACCUAUACCCAUUCACGGCCGCACAGUCAAAACCUAAUUAACAUCUCGUACACACACACUCACACACACUCGACAGGAAGAGCUAAGCGAUGCCUUGGCAGCCAGCAGACAGCUGGGAGAAGGCCAAAGAGGACGAGUAGUCCUCUGGGUACUCAGGGCUGCCGACGCCUUUUUGCACAUUUUUAUUGCAUGUUAUGUUGUUGCCGCCUUUUAUCUACGCCUUUUGGGGCCGCUAAGCCGCCCGCUUAAACGGCUCUGUGGUGAAGAGAGUUGGUUGGGGUUAGUGGUUGGAAGGGUUGCUGGCUGGUUUGCCUCCCCUUGCCAUUCAGGGAGUUGUAACCACUUCCGUCCCGACAGCAUUUUGUGGCUUUUUGUUCUGCAGCCUAAAACUAUGCAACUUUUUCUGCUCUGCUCCUUUCGUUUGUGUUUCAAACGAGUCAUGGAAUAAAAUCCGACACUUUUUCCCCUCUUCUGAUGUGUGUUUGUGUGGGAGUUGAAGUGUGUGCGUCUGUGUGUUUGGGGUGGAUGGCAGGAGCCUGCAUCAAAUUAGAUUUUAUUGCCCCGGCACGCACCACAAACAGAAGACAAAAGGGACAGAGACAGACAGAGCCAAAGCAACAGACAGAACAUCACACAUGUGGCUCAGCGGAAUUUUAGUCUGUCUUCAUUUUCCUCUUUCAUUGUCUUGUUGCUCGAUUUUAUGGCCACACCCACAUUCCGCCUGGCAAUGCUUUUAUUGUGUACAUAUAUUUUUGCGUAUCGAUUGUGCAUUAAAACAUAAACAUAAAAAUUCAGUUUGCGAACAAUACAACAUGCAUACGCAUUUAUGUGUUUGUAUAUGUAUUAGUGGGAGCUUUGUUCUGGAUAUUUUUUGAAUAUUGAACAAAGGGGAAUCUAGUUAAAAACGUUCCAAUGCAUAAAUAUAGUCACAGGUCGAAGGAAGUCGAACCUUUUCAUAUCCAUAAUUUAGGACUGAUUUCCAAUUUAUUUGAUAUACAAUACAAAAAUAUAUAUAAACGUGUGAACUCUUUUAGAUUCAGCUCAUAAAUGUCUAACGUAAAAACAAUAAAAAUAGGAACAUUUCAAAUACAGUUAAAAACAUUCCAAAAAUCUUCUAGAAAAUGUUUAUAAUAACUUACAUACAUAAAAAUUCGUUAAAAACAAAACAAAAGAGAUAACAAAAAACCCAAGAGAACCAAUUUGUUAAAGUUUCAAUAUCCAUUUGGACCAAACCAAAGUAAAAGUCGAACAAAAUAUGAUAGCAACAAAAAAUCACAAAAAUAUAUCUUUAUGUAUA